CAUCAGGGCACUGAUGAUCAGUGCCACCCACCAGUGCCACCCACCUGUGCCCGGCAGUGCCACACACCAGUGCCCAGCAGUGCCACCCAUCAGUGUCGCCCAUCAGUGCUGCCCAGCAGUGCCGCCAGUCAGUGCCGCCAUCAGUGCCACCCAUCAGUGCUGCCCAUCAGUGCCGCCUAUCAGCGCCACCUAUCAGUGCCCAUCAUUGUUGCAUAUCAGUGCAGCGUCAUCAGUGUCGCCUCAUCAGUGCCAGCUCAUCAGUGCCACCUAUCAGUGCCGCCUAUGUCCAUCAGUGCUGCCUAUCCGUGCCACCUCAUCAGUGCCACCUAUCAGUGCCCAUCAGUGCUGCCUCAUCAAUGCACAUCAGUGAAGGAGAAAAAUUACCUGUUUG